CUCUGUCUUUCUGUCUGUCUGUCUGUUUGUCUGUGUCUGUCUGUUUGUCUCUCCCUGUUUCUGUCUCUCUCUGUCUGUUUGUCUCUCUGUCUCUCUCUGUCUGUCUCUCUGCCUGUCUGUCUCUGCCCUGGCUCCAGACACAACACUAUUGAGGAGGGAUCACCACCGCCACGUACACUUGCUCCAGUAGCAGCAACAGCCUCAGCCACUAUUCUGUCAGUUACACCCAUCAUUCAACAAGCAAGACACUUUCCAGAUAUGCCCUGUAUGCAAGCCCAAUACAACCCUUCAGCCCGCUGCUCAAGUUAUGCUGCUCAAACUUCCUGUGGUUCAGAAUACAGUCCUGACAUCAUGAACCCUGACUACGCAAAGCUGACAAUGGAAUUAAAUAGUGCUGAGAUCAAUGCCACUGCUGCCACCUCUCUGCCCAGUUUCAGUGCUUUUAUGGAAGGUUAUUCUGGGGGCUAUGAACUGAAGCCUUCCUGCUUAUAUCAAAUGCAGUCUGUCUCCUCUUCUUCAUCACCUUCCUCUGCAAGCCAGAGACCCCUCAUCAAGAUGGAACAUAAUCGGAUGCACAGUUAUCACUCUUCACUUUCUCUAACAGUGGAUGAAGGCAUGGCCAGCACCUCCAUGUACUUCAAGCAGUCCCCACCCUCUUCACCUUCUACCCCUGGGUUCAUACCCCAACAGAUCUGGGAUGAAUCACCCUCACAUUCUCUUUCACCAGCACAGACUUGCAUGGCCCCAUGCCACCUGGUAGACACUGCCCCUAUGAAAACCAUGCCUGGCCAUUUUCCACUUUUCCAUUUCAAGCAUUCACCACCCCAUACACCUAUUGCAGAUGGCCAUGUGUGCUAUGAUGCCGCUGCCUUGAGCCUACCUAUUGGAUCAGAUAGGCCUAGAGCUAGUCAAGCAGCUAUGGAAAAUCAUCCGUAUGGGCACCCCAUGUCCAGGAGAGCAGCCACUUUAGCUUUUGUACCACUGGGACUCAAUACAACCAGUUCCAACCUUCUAGGUGAGAACAGUAGUAGCAGCAGUGGCCUUCCCUCUCCACCUAGCAGAAGUUCUUCAUCAGGAGAAGGAACUUGUGCUGUAUGUGGGGACAAUGCUGCUUGCCAGCAUUAUGGUGUGCGGACUUGUGAGGGAUGUAAAGGCUUCUUCAAGAGAACAGUUCAGAAAAAUGCAAAAUAUGUUUGCCUGGCCAAUAAAAACUGCCUAGUAGAUAAGCGUCGGCGAAACAGAUGUCAGUACUGCCGAUUUCAGAAGUGUCUCAGUGUUGGUAUGGUAAAAGAAGUUGUCCGUACUGACAGUUUAAAAGGAAGAAGAGGCCGGCUACCUUCAAAACCAAAGAGUCCUUUGCAGCAAGAACCUGUGCAGCCCUUGCCUUCAUCUCCUCCAGUCAGUAUAGUGAAUGCUCUUGCACAAGCCCUAUCUGAUUCUGCACCCCAGGAACUUGAUUACUCCAAAUAUUGUUCUAUGGAACAAACUUCUACAGGUACAGAUGCAGAGUAUGUACAACAAUUCUACGAUCUUCUCACUGCCUCCAUUGAUAUAUCUAGAGACUGGGCAGAAAAAAUCCCAGGAUUUACUGAUCUCCCUAAAGAAGAUCAAACUUUACUUAUAGAAUCAGCUUUUUUGGAACUUUUUAUAUUGCGGCUAUCUAUGAGAUCUGACAUUAGUGAAGACAAGCUUAUUUUCUGCAAAGGGCUUGUACUUCAUCGACUUCAGUGCCUUCGUGGAUUUGGGGAGUGGCUUGAUUCAGUUAAAGAUUUUUCUUUAAAUUUACAAAGCCUCAACCUUGACAUCCCAGCCUUAGCCUGUUUGUCAGCUCUAAGUAUGAUUACAGACCGUCAUGGAUUAAAAGAACCAAAGAAAGUGCAUGAGCUAUGCAACAAAAUCAUGGGCAGCUUGAAAGAUCACUUGGCCUUCAACUGUCAGAGCAAAAGACAACACAUUGAGUCUGCAGAAUCUAAAGUUCUUGGUGUUCUUGCUGACUUGCGUGCUGUCUGCACACUAGGACUGCAGCGGAUCUUUUACCUGAAAGUGGAAGAUUUAGUUCCACCUCCUUCAAUUAUUGACAAACUAUUUUUUGAUACCUUACCUUUCUGAAAGUCAAGUUUCCCUUAUGAAAGGCAACUACUUACCAGAGCAGGCAAAAAUAUCGGAAUUAACUUAUAACAAUGCUGCUUUUGUUAAAUGAGGCAAGAAGUAAUUCCAGGCCUAAUCAUAUAUAUGGACUUUUCCCAAUAUAUGUCUUUGCAAACUGAGGUUUAAAAUAUAAUUUACAGUUUUGGAGAUGGAAAUUAUAGAAUAGAAAGAUUAAAUGCAGAUUUGUUUUUUUAAUGGCACCUUUUAAUGAUGCUAUUCCAGCCAGAAAAAGGUGUUAAUAUUAACUGUAUAAAAGCUAUUUCCAUAGCAUCUGUUCUUAUGUGAUGGGUAGAAAAUUGUGACAGCUCAGGCCUCAAAUCCUGGGGAAAGAAAUCAGUGAAAUGUAAGGGUAUGCACCAUUUAAAAUGCUGUGUCACUGCAAUGUGUUUGAAAACAAGACUAAUAACAAAUAACUGGUUUCAAUAGCAUAUAUUUUAUUAAUUUAUAUCUUUAACAUACUCAUAUCAGACUUCAUUCUCUUCACAUAAAUUAUUUUUUCUCUCUCUCUUUUUCCCUUAAUAAAGUUCAUCUAUGAUUUCAUAAAUAAAAUAUAGGAAAAUGAUAAUGGCUGUUGGCUCCCAUGUUCAAGUGCAAUUUUAUCUUUGCUAAGUCUUGUUUAUGAGCUAUAAUUUAAUUUAAUCCAAAAGAGAGGUGAAACAAAUAAAAUGAGAAAAACUGGCUUUAUUACAUGCACUAAUUUCUAUGACAAAAUUCUUCAGACAUAUGUUGACAGCAAGGCAUUAAACAAAAAUCAUAUGCUUAUUCCUUGGCUGAUUAAAUAAAUAGCAAUGCAGAACAUCUGAAGUAGGCAGAAUUAACAUGGACAUGGUAAGGCUAAAACUGAGUUUAGUGAAUUAGUUAGUAAUAGAUUCAAGACAAUUUGGAUGAAUUUUUUUUUGUAGAAAUAUCUGAAUGUAAAUGUUUAUUGAGCUGCAUUUUAAACAUUCCAUGUAUGUACUUUCCUUUUUUAUAUGGUUAUGGCUAAUGCCAUAUUAAUAUGAAAUAAUUUGUUGCAGUGUCUUUAUUUGUAUAAAUAUUUAUAUGCAUGACAUAUUGUAAAGGCUUGCCUCUAUUUAUUGCAAUGACUGCCAGCUCAUGAGAGCCUGUUACAAGGAAGAUGAAAUAGUGUACUCACAGCAAGUCAAUUAUAUAAUGGGUUUGGGUAAUCUCAUACACAUAUACACACCUAUAUGUCCUUUCUGUUAACCAAUUAAGUAUGUAGUAUGUCUUUCACAAGUAAACCUGAUCUUACCAUGUAUUUGCAGUGACCUUUAAGGCAGUAAA